ACAGAAGGAAGCAACCACAGUAAGAUAGUAAGCUGUCUGAUGCUGAGGUCUCUCCAAAUAAAAGCUCCGACGUGUGGUAUUACUUAACUACGAUGUUUCCAUCAAUUCAGGUUAAGUUUUAACAGCACAUUCGCUGAAUCUUUUGGAAAAUGGAUUCCGCUGCGGAAAAUUCCAACAUAUUGUUGGGCAAGCUGGUCAGAGACCCGCCUAAAGUGACCGGCUCUUUUUCAUCGUUUGGUUCUCUGUCCAUGCUGGACCAGUCAGUCCGUACGUUGCUGCUUCACUCCAACGAUGUCAGCAAAUGCCGAGAGAACCCUCUGACGCUCAAGGGGAAGCGCAUCCAGUUGGCUAAGAUUCUCCUACUUGUCCUCGUCCCGAUUAUCUCCCUCGCCGUGCUGGCUGUCCUGGAUCUACAAGCCAUCGCACAGAGUAACGGCGUGGAUAUCCAAAUCCGCAACGUCAUCAGGUUCAGUCGAGACAUCGGGGUCCUGCUCAGCCGCUUGCAAAGGGAGCGCGACAUGACGGCGCUGUACGUCAGUGUCAUCGGCCCACAGGAUAUCAAAUUCCUGACAGAGAUCUACCCGGAAACCGACAACGCCAUCGACGAGCUUCAGGACUGGCCGGUAGAGACCAGUAUCCUGAGAGAGCUGCCCUUCUUCCGGGAGAAGAGUGAUUUCAAGAUGCAUCUGGUGGACCACCGCAGGUCCGUCACCCGCUCCGACACGGCCGUCUACGACGAGGUCAACUUCUACACGGAUAUCCUCCAGAUUUUCAUCGACUGGCUGUACGAGAGCAUCGGCAACUCGGCAGGGAACGAGAUCUGGCAGGUUUUGGUGGCGUACCAGCUACUGAUCGUCAGCAAUGUCGAGACGGGCAUCGAGCGCACCCUUGGCUCCGUCUUUUACACUCUAGGCGGAUUUGAGAGGCACGAAGAUUACGUCUGGUAUAUCGAAAAGUACAACCUGGGCAUCUGGAAUUACGAGGCGUCCAAGAAAUACUCGCCGCUCAUCACCCAGUUUUUCGACAACCAUGUGGUCGGGAUGUUUGACAACUUCACGGCUACCAUCGUCACGAUGAGGAAGAUCAUCUUGGUGAACGAGGCGGCCGAAAUCGAGCCAAACUUCAUGGCCGCGACGGUGUGGUUCGACAGCAUGACGGUCUACAUCGACAUCCUGGAGAACGUGCAGAAAAACAUGGCCAAUGAGAUUCUGCUCCUGCUAGAAAAUGACCUGGAACACGACACUGAAGCCAUAGCCGUCAGCAUCCUACUGGUUGUCAUCGUCAUCGUCAUGUGCCCCCUGACCCUUCGAGCCAUCUGGUCCUUGACCUCUGACAUCCAAAACUACGCCCUGACCCUGGCAGCCCAGACCAAGGCCUUGAACAAGGAGAAGAAGCGAUCCAAUUGGCUGCUGUACUCCAUGCUUCCCCCUAUCGUCGCUGAACAACUGGUUCUCAAGAUGGACGUCAAGGCAGAGUCCUAUGCUAGUGCUUCGGUGCUCUUCUCUGACAUCGUGGGAUUCAACCACCUUUGCGCUGUCAGCACACCGAUGCAGGUUGUGGAAAUGUUGAAUGGUCUUUACCUCGUCUUUGAUUCUCGCAUCGAGCAGUACAAAGUCUACAAGGUUGAGACGGUCAAUGAGACUUACAUGCUGGCUUCAGGUCUGCCAAGCCGUAUGGUGGGCGGGAAGCACGUGAGUGAGCUGGCAACGGUGGCGCUGGACCUAGCCCACCAAGUCAGUUUCCUGGAGGUACCUCACCGAGAAAACAUGAAGAUCAAAAUACGGAUUGGGAUUCAUACAGGUCCAGUGGUUGCGGGCGUGGUUGGGAUCAAGAUGCCCCGUUACUGUCUGUUUGGAGACACGGUCAAUACGGCUUCAAGGAUGCAGACCUCGGGACUACCUGGACGCAUCCACGUGACCCAAGAAACCUACCUUGCGCUGCAGGACAUCGGCGGGUUCACGCUGUGCCGACGCGGGGAUAUUGAAAUCAAAGGCAAAGGGAUUAUGACAACUUACUGGCUGACGGGCCGCGAGAACUUCGAGCAGAUCAUUCAACCCAUCACAGACCAGGCCAACAUCAUGAACGACGACGGCCUGCACGAGGUACGCUACGCCCACAUGUACGAGCAGACCUCUACGGGACGAAUCCAGUACCGAGGCAAGGAAAGCCUUUAGUCAAGUCCC